AUGACCAGGGCCACAAAAUGCGUCUUCUCUUGUCUCGGACUGUCAUUGGAUCUCCCCGGCCGGGGAUUCGGUGACCGCCAUGGACAAGAGCUGUAUGUUAUGGAUCGCCCUGCAAGGUCCCGGUAUAGUAUAGCUUUUCUUUCUUCUCUCAAAUGGACCCGAACGCAUGCCAGAGGGGGUAAGUAUCGGGGGACGAAGGCUACGGAAGCAUGGCCUGAGAUCAAGGGCACGAAAUGCGCCUUCUUUUGUCUCGGACUGUCGUUGGAUCUCCCCGGCCGGGGAUUCGGUAACCGUCAUAGACAAGAGCCGCACGUCAUGGAUCGCCCACCGUCAGUCAAAUGUAACUUGGAGUACAGCCCGGUGAGCCUCCCAGCCCAUCGAAUAUCAAGCGUCGUACUCACACGCGAGAUGUCGGACGGUUGA